AACAGGUUUGGCGGGUGUGUUGUGAGUUACCUGUAACAGGUGAGAAUUGCUGAAUCGUUGACAAUAUAGUUCUUCUGUAUCUGGCGACGUCUGUGGAUAAAGCAUUCUUAGAAAAUGAAUAACCCAAUUCCAUCAAACUUGAAGUCUGAAGCAAAAAAGGCUGCCAAAAUACUCAGAGAAUUCACAGAGAUUUCGAGCAGAACUGGCCCUGACAAACUCAUACCUGCUCAUGUGAUUGCCAAAGCUCAAGGUCUUGCCAUCAUAUCGGUGAUAAAAGCUGGGUUUAUGAUCACCGCUCGUGGAGGAAGUGGGAUUGUAGUGGCCCGUCUUCCAGAUGGACGGUGGUCAGCUCCUUCUGCGAUUGGCAUUGCAGGUCUUGGUGGUGGAUUUGAAAUAGGUGUGGAGGUGUCAGAUUUGGUCAUCAUCUUGAAUCACAGAAGAGCAAUUGAAGCUUUUGGGAAAGGGGGUAACCUCACACUAGGAGGGAAUUGUACAGUGGCAGUUGGACCCCUGGGGAGAAAUGUUGAAGCAGAUGUUGCCUUAAGAAGUACUGCAGCUGUGUACACAUACUGCAAGUCACGAGGGUUAUUUGCUGGCAUUUCCCUGGAAGGAUCCUAUCUAAUUGAAAGGAGAGAAACCAACAGGAAAUUUUAUGCUCAAGAUAUCCGUGCCUUUAACAUUUUGAAUGGUGAUGUGGAGCCACCCCCAGCUGCAAGUAAUCUUUAUGAAAUUCUUGAGGUCUACACUGAGAAGUAUACAACUGAUUGGCAACGUAAGAACUUGAGGGCAGCCUCACGUAAGGUGAAUAAUCCCCCAGAAAGACCUCUAUCAAGACCACAGUCACAGAGAUCAUCAGUGAAUCAGAGACCACAAGAUCAAAAACCAAAUCUCUACCCUGGUAUCAGCGAUUACAGAUCAGACAUGGGGAGACCCUCAGAAGGCCCACUGGUUGUUACGGCGAUGCACUCAUUCGUAGGUCAACAGCCGGGAGACCUCAGCUUCAACGUUGGAGACAAAAUCACAGUGAUCACAAAAUCGGACUCCCAGUACGACUGGUGGGAGGGCCAGCUGAGAGGAGAGGUUGGGAUAUUCCCAGCAAACUUUGUAUCCUACAGCUAAAAGCAACAGAAGAACUUUGUUCUAACAUUGGGUUUGGUAAAGCUGCUUCACAUUUCUGCAUUGGGGUUUGGAUUUUCAUGGCUUAAAAUGAAGGGGAAAAACCGCCUUAAAAUGUGUAUGGUGUGCCUUGUAGGUUUAUUUUAUUUUUGUGUUUGUUAUAUAUUUAUGCUGUACUUAACCUCGGGUGUAAAUGAAGUGUCUUUGAUUAAACAAUUGUCUAUUUAUAAUUUGUAUAAUGAGGUAUCUAUUGAGAGGAAAUUGAAAUUUUAAUAUGUAUGUGAAGAUGGACUGAUCUGAGGUGGGGUUUCAAGUCCAUAAUGCACUGGCAAGCUGCUUGCAAAAGUCACUUCUUGUAGCCUUAACAUUACGAGAAAAGAUUUUGUAUCUGAUUAAAACAGAAUGCCCAAUAUGCAAAACUGUAAGGGCUAACUUAUGAGGCACAGUGUGUCACUAUUCCAGUCCUUCUGCCCUUUAACACUACCCUCGCACAUCAUGGACACUUUGCAAGGUGGAAACUCAUAAAAUGUUGAAGAAAAAAGCAAGGCUACAGUGACCUCUUAAUAUUAACGUUUUAAUUUCUGUGCCUGGAGACAUUAAUGACUUGCUCAUUACCAUAAAAGUACUGUUUGUUAGAUAGGAAAUAGAAUACCACGGAAACAACACAUGAGGAAGUCUAAAACUCACAACAAGAAAUCAUGUAAACUCCACAACUCUGCCAAACUGUACCGGGCAGUGAAGCCACAGCCUAAAACGAGACA